GAAUGGACGACACGACUUCCCACAACAGCACACGGCGCGCGCAAUGAUGACGUCGCUCCGUUCUCCUGGCGACGUCAAACAUGGAGGAAUAUGCCCGUGAACCUUGUCCCUGGAGAAUAGUGGAUGACUGUGGAGGAGCUUUCACCAUGGGUGCGAUCGGGGGAGGAGUGUUCCAGGCGAUCAAGGGCUUUCGCAAUGCACCUGCAGGCGUUGGACACAGACUGAGAGGAAGUGCAAACGCAGUGAGAAUAAGAGCUCCACAGAUUGGAGGUAGCUUUGCUGUAUGGGGGGGGCUCUUCUCCACAAUCGACUGUGGUUUAGUUCGCCUGAGAGGGAAAGAGGAUCCUUGGAACUCUAUAACAAGCGGUGCCAUGACUGGGGCCAUCCUGGCAGCCCGCAGUGGGCCGUUAACUAUGAUGGGCUCUGCCAUGAUGGGGGGAAUAUUGCUCGCUCUCAUUGAGGGUUUUGGGAUCCUUCUAACCAGAUAUACAGCGCAGCAGUUUCAGAACCCUAUUCCUUUUGCAGAGGACCCCAGUCAGUUGCCUCCAAAGGAUGGGGGUCAGCAACAGGGGGAAAAGGGACAGUUUCAGUAGAGAGAAGCAAGGAAUGAAACCAGCUGUGGACACAGUGAGUGAGACCAAAGAGUAGGGGGGACACCAGACAAUACGGCAGGUGCCAGGAUGACCAGGCUGUGGAGAUACUGGUCUCUACAGCGGUGUCAAGUAGUUGCACUAUGUUCUUAUACCUCAGGGGCAAAUUACUGUGAGUUUAAGUUAUUUUUGAGUGAAUGUUGGUGACAAACCUCAUUGUUGCACCUCUCGCAUCUCAUCCAACACUUUCUGUAAUAAAGGUGCUGUAGGUAGGAUCCAGGACUCAGCCCAAAAAAUUAGAACAUCGACAACUUCUCAGUCCCUCCCCCCUUUCUUACUACAGGCUGUAUGGAGUGGCAGAAGAGCCGGAUUUUUCUUUUUAAUGACCUGCUUCAUGUAGUUCGACUCGAACAUGGGGUCAGUUUCAGCAAAUAUGACAGAAAGUUAGUUGCAUAAGUCUUACCUACGGCACCUUUAACGGUUUGUGAGGUUUUACCAUAGAGUGGUAUUCUGAGAGUAAGGUAGUCUUAAGUCUUUUAUUAUGUGUCAGCUGUGACAACCAAUGCAAAUAACUCUGUGUGUGUGUGUGUGUGUGUGUGUGUGUGUGUGUGUG